AGGGCACUUCCGGGCCGUGCGUGCGUGUGUAUGUGUGUGUGGUUGCGCGCGCGCCAGACAGAGAGAGAGCGAGAGGAAGGAAGGAGCGGAGGGGGCGUUUUGAGAGAGAGGGAGGCUCGGCGGCUCCUGAUGCGAAGGCUUCGCGCGCCGGAGCGGGAGAGGGAUAUUACUAAACCGUAUUUUAUGAAACUGACUUUUUGUCACGUCUACCUUUUUGAUGCAUGGUGUCUGAAACCUCCCAACUAUGCCAGCAGCUACGGUAGAUCACAGCCAAAGAAUUUGUGAAGUUUGGGCUUGCAACCUGGAUGAAGAGAUGAAGAAAAUUCGUCAAGUUAUACGCAAGUUUAACUAUGUUGCAAUGGACACAGAGUUUCCAGGUGUAGUUGCACGGCCAAUUGGAGAAUUCAGAAGCAAUGCAGACUAUCAGUACCAACUACUUCGUUGUAAUGUGGACUUACUAAAGAUAAUUCAGUUAGGGCUGACGUUCAUGAAUGAGCAAGGCGAAUAUCCUCCAGGAACUUCAACGUGGCAAUUUAAUUUUAAAUUUAAUUUAACAGAGGACAUGUAUGCCCAGGAUUCCAUAGAGUUACUAACAACGUCUGGAAUCCAGUUCAAAAAACAUGAGGAAGAAGGAAUCGAGACUCAAUACUUUGCCGAACUUCUGAUGACGUCGGGAGUAGUGCUAUGCGAAGGAGUCAAGUGGCUUUCGUUUCACAGUGGCUAUGACUUUGGAUAUCUGAUAAAGAUCUUGACGAAUUCUAAUUUACCUGAAGAAGAGCUGGACUUCUUUGAGAUACUGAGAUUGUUUUUCCCUGUCAUUUAUGACGUGAAGUACCUUAUGAAGAGUUGCAAAAAUCUCAAGGGUGGAUUGCAAGAGGUUGCUGAGCAAUUAGAAUUGGAAAGGAUAGGCCCACAGCAUCAGGCAGGAUCUGAUUCUCUGUUAACAGGAAUGGCUUUCUUCAAAAUGAGAGAGAUGUUCUUUGAAGAUCACAUUGAUGAUGCCAAAUACUGUGGUCACUUAUAUGGUCUUGGUUCGGGAUCAUCUUAUGUACAGAAUGGGACAGGAAAUGCAUAUGAAGAAGAAGCCAACAAGCAAUCAUGACAUGAAAUGGAAAACCACUUUUUCUGAGCUCCACCUGCUUGUACAUAGGUUUUAUCUCUGGUUCAAUCCCUUGGACAAUGAGGCAUUCUUUUCCUCUCUUUAUCAGCACACUUUUCUGCCUUUGUAUGUACUAAACUUGACUGUUCCUAUCCCAGUUUUUUGACCUUGACGUGUAGGCAUUUCUGGGUGAAAUGUGGCCUUGUACUUUGCCCAACUGUACAUAAGCACAUGUAGGAGCGGGGCGGCGGAUAGAAGAGGGAAGCAAAAAUGAUAAUGAAAUUUCUGGUAAACUUUAAUUGGUCUUAGUAUUUGUUUAUUACCUUUCCCACCCAUUUCCCUAAACUUGAACUAGCACUGAUUGUAACUGGCUUCCCCAUCUGGUGUCUAUGCCUUCCAGUUUUAGCUAUUCAAGAUUGCGGACCAUCACAUUUGCACUUUAGAAGAGUGACUCUCAGUCAGAUCCUCUGUUUUAUCUCAAGCUCCAGUAUUCCUUCCCUGUUUCAGACAAAUCUGCCCACCCAUGGCUAUUCUCUUCCCACCCACCCGAGUUUCAAAUCCACUGAAGAUAAAUCCUUUUUUGUAUCACCUCUGUCCAGAACUACUGAAAUCUUCGCAACUGUUCUUGUAUCUAAACUGGUGCCUGGUCUUCCAUGUGUGUCCUGCACACACCAAUUGGCUUGCCAGUUCCAUAUACUGCUCUGUGAUGGAAAUAACUUGAUGGAGCUGUGGGGAAUGAUUCCUAUGAAUACUUCACUGAAGUAAGAGGCUCUGAUGUAGCAUCUAAUGCGUGUUCCUGAUCAGUUCUCAGUGGGGUGUGUUUGGGGGAAAUUAUUCAAGACCCCCAUUUCUAGAAACAAGACUUACAGCACACAGCAAAGUUCCUGUGGCCUUUUGUGGUUUUGUCUGAGCAGACUCAAUUUGAAGGAUGGAAACUGCAGUAGGAUUAACAGGAUGUGCUAAUUGUGGAUCCAUUUUGUAUUCCUGUUCUAGCAAGCUAUGCCCUAUACUUUCUAUUUUUUAAAAAAACCUUAUUUAUUCUUUACUUGAGUAGACGAAUACAACUCGGUUUAAGAAUGAGAUCCAAAGAUUUGAAGUCAACUUGAUAUAGAACUAAAGAGAAAAGGAAAAUAGAUGCAUCCUUUUCGGGAGCAACUACAAAGGACUUUCAUUGUAAAACAACAAAUCUGUUUGUAUCUAAUAAAGUUACCCAAGUCUUGUAA